AUGUUAUCGAAGGAGUAUCUAGGCGAGGUGGCUUUGUCACUGGAAUCGUGGUUUAGAGGCGAGGGCGAGGAAAAUGUUUUGGGGUUUGAUGAGCCUGGAAAUAAGCCUUUUUCUGUCGACCUCUUAUCGACGCGACCCAAUACAGCUGCUACGGGUAGCAUUCAGCUCAAGAUUGGAUUCGUCCCUCCCCAUGGAACACAUGACCUUUUAGAGUACGAUGAGAUUUACGGAGAGUUCGUUAAGCGCUCUAGGCCUUCUUUGGUCUCGGCUCCUGCUACAGAAGGCGUCGGCACCAUCCGCUCACAUCACGCCAACGGGAACCAAUACGCUUUCCAAGACGACGGAGGGCUCUCUUCAGACGACGAAGAUGAAGACAAGGAAGGCGAAGACGAAUUCGUCGAUGCCCACGAAGAUAAAGCCACAACCACCAACAACAUCCCUCUCACAGAGCUAUACACACCAUCAACACCAACCGAAGUGGACAAGGCUUUACCACCGCUCGUCACCGCUGCUACCACGGGUAUCAGGCCUCCCCCACCCGAACUCAUCAUUCAGCCAAGUUCUCCCUGUGGUAGCACGACGCCUACACACAGCGCAGCCCUCAAAACAGCCACACCGCUCACGCAGCCGACGCCAAAAGCGACGAGUGGUGGGUUCAUGCCCAAGAUGAAGUUUACGAGGAAGAUAUCGGGGCUUACUGGGAUUGGCGGUCGCGGUGGUGGUCGUGAGGGGGGAACGAAGGCUCAAUCCCGCUCGAGGAGUUCAUCGAUGGGCCAGUGA